GGGCCUGGCCCUAAAGGCCCCAGCCUUCCCUCAUUCCUGGAGGACUCCUUGGACCUUUGACCCAGCCCCUUCCCAGGCCAGGCUCUUGGGAGCUGGCUUCUGGGACAAUGUCCUGGGCUCAAGUGGGCACCUGCACCAACCCCACCUGUGCCUGGGCCAUGGCCCUUUCCUACAGGGCACUCAUCAUGGCCCCACCGCUCCUGCUGCUGCUGCUGGCCAGUGGAGCGGCUGCAUGUCCCCUGCCCUGCAUCUGCCAGAACCUGUCUGAGUCACUCAGCACCCUUUGUGCCCACCGAGGCCUGCUGUUUGUGCCGCCCAACGUGGACCGGCGCACGGUGGAGCUGCGGCUGGCUGACAACUUCAUCCAAGCCCUGGGGCCACCUGACUUCCGCAACAUGACAGGGUUGGUUGACCUGACGCUGUCUCGCAACGCCAUCACCCGCAUUGGAGCCCGCGCUUUUGGGGACCUGGAGAGCCUGCGGUCCCUGCACUUGGAUGGCAACAGGCUGGUGGAGCUGGGCUCUGGCAGCCUGCGGGGGCCUGUCAACCUGCAGCAUCUCAUCCUCAGUGGCAACCAGCUGGGUCGCAUCGCGCCAGGGGCCUUUGAUGACUUCCUGGACAGCCUGGAGGACCUGGACCUGUCCUACAACAACCUCCGCCAGGUGCCCUGGGCUGGCAUUGGCGCCAUGCCUGCCCUGCACACCCUCAACCUGGACCACAACCUCAUCGACGUACUGCCACCGGGCGCCUUCGCCCAGCUGGGUCAGCUCUCCCGCCUGGACCUCACCUCCAACCGCCUGGCCACGCUGGCACCGGACCCGCUCUUCUCCCGGGGGCGUGAUGCUGAGGCAUCACCCGCACCCCUGGUGCUGAGUUUCAGUGGGAACCCACUGCACUGCAACUGCGAGCUGCUGUGGCUGCGGCGGCUGGCCCGGCCCGAUGACCUGGAGACCUGUGCGUCCCCACCCAGCCUGGCGGGCCGCUACUUCUGGGCAGUGCCAGAGGGCGAGUUCUCCUGCGAGCCCCCCCUCAUUGCCCGUCACACACAGCGCCUCUGGGUACUAGAGGGCCAGCGGGCCACACUUAGGUGCCGGGCCCUCGGCGACCCCACGCCCACCAUGCACUGGGUUGGCCCUGAUGACCGGCUGGUUGGCAACUCCUCCCGAGCCCGGGCUUUUCCCAAUGGGACUCUGGAGAUUGGGGUGACAGGAGCCGGGGAUGCAGGGGGCUAUACCUGCAUUGCUACCAACCCAGCUGGAGAGGCCACAGCCCGAGUAGAGCUGCAGGUGCUGGCUUUGCCCCACGGAGGGAACAACAGUGCCGAGGGGGGCCACCCCGGACCCUCGGACAUUGCUGCCUCGGCUCGCACUGCUGCCGAAGGCGAGGGUACUCUGGAGUCUGAGCCAGUGGUGCAGGUGACAGAGGUCACCGCCACCUCAGGGCUGGUGAGCUGGGGGCCAGGGCGGCCGGCUGACCCUGUGUGGAUGUUCCAAAUCCAGUACAACAGCAGCGAGGACGAGACCCUCAUCUAUCGGAUUGUCCCAGCCUCCAGCCACCACUUCCUGCUGAAGCACCUGGUCCCUGGUGCUGACUACGACCUCUGCCUGCUGGCCCUGUCACCUGCUGCUGGGCCCUCAGACCUCACAGCCACCAGGCUGCUGGGUUGUGCCCACUUCUCUACGCUGCCGGCUACACCCUUGUGCCAUGCCCUGCAGGCCCACGUGCUGGGCGGGACCCUGACUGUGGCUGUUGGGGGUGUGCUGGUGGCUGCCUUACUGGUCUUCACUGUGGCCUUGCUGGUACGGGGCCGGGGGGCCGGGAAUGGCCGCCUCCCCCUCAAGCUCAGCCACGUCCAGUCCCAGACCAAUGGUGGCCCCAGCCCCACGCCCAAGACCCACCCACCGCGGAGCCCCCCGCCCCGCCCCCAGCGCAGCUGCUCCCUGGACCUGGGGGACGCUGGGUGCUAUGGUUACGCCAGGCGCCUGGGAGGGGCCUGGGCCCGUCGGAGCCACUCAGUGCACGGGGGGCUGCUCGGGGCAGGGUGCCGCGGCAUGGGUGGCAGCACGGAGAGGCUGGAGGAGAGUGUGGUGUAAGGGGUGGGUGGCAUGUGGUCGCCUGGCCCAGGGGUCCCUCCUUGGUUUUUAUUCUUGGUACCUCAGGCUCCCCUGCAUACUUGGCGGGACAGGGAGCCCCUUCCUUGGUUCUGGUCUCCAGACUAGGAUAAGGGGACAGGUCCCUCUGAUAGGUGCUCACAGCCCCAGAGGCAGGCGCUGCAGCCACCAAAUGGGAGUCUUGUUUUUAUUUAUAAUAAAAUUGUUGGGGACACCUCA